CGCAGAAAAACGAAGGUAGAGUGGUUGCAUUCAUUGCGAGGGAGAGGGAGGGAGGGAGGGAGAGAGAGAGAGAGAGAGAGGAAAACGAUGAUGAUCGAAUCUGCCUUGGCCGUUGGAUUCCGGACCAGUGGGCUGUCUUCUUCCUCUGCCGUAGCCAUUGCAAGCUGUCGCUCCUCGUGUAAUUUCGAAGAUCCAAUGAUCGUCGGCAGCAGAGCGUCACAUCGAUUCCCCAGCAGCAGAGGAAUUUCCCACGACUGCGGCUUCUGGAGGGACAGGCUUCCCAAGAGAAAUAGUUUCCUACUCAAGAGCAGGGUUCGAGCCUCUGCAGCCACGCCAGAGGAACAUUCGGAACCCUUGGAAUGCAGUAGCAGAGAAAAGUCGUGCUAUCACCCCUUUGAAGAGGUGGGGGAGCCUGUCGUGCCCCUGCAGCAAGAUGACGCCAAGCUCACGGAUGCGGAAAUUACACGCACGAUAAUUGAGGUAAAUAGCAAAGCAACGCUGAUGUUUUCAGGACCGAUCAAUGAUGAAAUUCAUGAGAAAGUUUUCUGGCCAGAUCUGCCUUAUGUAACUGACGAACGUGGAGAUAUUUACUUUGUGGUGCACAGCGAUGAGGACAUCAUGCAAACUUUAACUGCUGAGAAUAACUUUGUGCAAGUAAUAAUUGGCUUGGAUAACAUAGAAAUGCUCACCGAGAUGGAACUAUCAGGGCCAUCCAAUAUGGAUUUUGACAUUGAAGAAAUCAUGGACGAAGAUAGUAACAUUGAUGAUGACGACGACAACGACGAGGAUUGGGUUGCCAUUCUUGAUGAUGAGGAAGAUGAUUUGGAUUUUGAGGCAUUAGGCGAUUGGGCAAACUUGGAUACCAUGCGUUCUUCUCAUCCAAUGUAUUUUGCAAAAAAAAUCUCAGAGGUUGUAUCAAAUCUCCAUUUGGAUUGGAUGGAUCAGCCUUCCACUGGUCUUGCUAUCCAAGGUCUCUUAAGACCUGCCUUUAUUGAAGAGCACGCUAUUGUCCGAAAGCAUAUAGCAGGAAAGCAGACCAAUAAUGAUGGUGCAAAUCAAGCUGCAAAAGUUGUGGAGGACAAUACUGAAGGUCUUGGAAUGCCUAAUGGUCAUGAACAUGAGUCAAGUUCCAGAACCUCAUCUAAAGAUAAUGCAAUCUGGACAGAAGACUUGGACAAAGAUGAAAGUCUACAAACCGGGAGCUCGUUUUACAAGCUGGAGAUGAUUAAAAUUCAACUAGUUUCUGCAUAUGGAAAGCAAGCAUGUUCUGAGCACUAUAAGAUUUCUUUUUCCAUCAUUUCACUGCACGCUAAUAUUCUUUCUGACAUUAUACUUUCUAGCUAACUUCAAAGCAUGUAUUGUGGUACUUUUUUAAAAAAAAAUUGUGGCUGGACACUGCUGUUUUGCUUUUAUAACAGUGACAAAUAUGGACUCUACUCUGAAAUAUUAGGAAUCCAGAUUAUAGUUUCAUUCUCAACAUAAUUGAAGCAUAACUGGCUUUUUAAAAAUAAAUAAAUAAAUAAAAUUAUUUAUUGUAAUCCUCUUCCAUUCAUGGUUUAAGUUUGUAUCUCUUGUUGUUUCAUUUUGGUUAACUUCAUCAGAAUUAUCAUAGUAGAGAUCCUCAUUUCUGAUCCCACUAGUUUUAUACUGAAGGUUAACAGUAAAAAAGAAAAAAAGAAAUUGUUUUGUAAUCUAUGAAUUGUCUUUUCAGACAUCAUUUAAUACCUUACAGUCCAGCUUGUAGAUGCUGGGGGAGGGGGUUAAAAAGGGAACUAUUCUACUUUUGUUUUUGCACGUAAGCUAAUGGCUUUGUGCAAGAUAGAAUGUGCAAUUUUUCAAGAAGCCAAUCGAUUCAAA